CUAGUGUUAGUUCAUUCACUCUCGCACUAUGUUGAUUUCACCCUCGAGGAGGUUCGUGUCCAUGUGGCACGUGGCUCGUUCAGUUCGAGCCUUCACUUCGGUGACCGGAAACAACCUCGAUUUCAUCAAUUUUGAUCCUUACAAGACCGAAGGGGAGGCAGUCAAACUCCAUAAUUUUUUGAACGGAAAGUGGGUGCAUACCGCGAAGACCACGGACAUUGUAGACCCCCUUACUGGAAAGCCCAUGCUGAAAAUGCCAAACACAAGUGUCAGUGAGCUCGACCCAUUCGUCAAGUCCAUGCGAGCUAUCCCCAAGAGCGGUCUCCACAAUCCCCUGCGUAACGUAGAGAGGUACCGUCUGUACGGCGACAUUUCACACAAGUUGGCGGCUGAGCUCCGCAAGAAGGAGGUUAUGGAUCACUUCGCUAAGUGCAUUCAGAGAGUAGCCCCCAAGAGUUGGGCUCAGAGUGUCGCUGAAGUGGACAUAGUCCGUAUAUUCCUGGAGAACUUCUCGGGAGACCAGGUCCGAUUUCUCGCGCGUGGGUUCACAGUUUCUGGAGACCGAGACGGUCAGCAGAGUCAGGGCUACCGAUGGCCAUACGGCCCAACAGCUCUGAUCGCCCCUUUCAACUUUCCCCUUGAGAUCCCGGUACUACAGCUCAUGGGGGCGCUUUAUAUGGGUAACCAUGUCACAUUGAAGUGUGCCUCGAUGACAUCGAUGGUCAUGGAGGAGUGGCUCAGACUCAUGCAAAAGGUCGGUGCUCCAUCAAGUGACGUUAAUAUGAUACAUUGCGGCGGUAAGGUGGCCGAGGCUCUCCUCAUGGACGGAAAACCACGCGUGACGCUCUUCACUGGCUCCAGCGUGGUCGCAGAGAGGUUGGCUACGGUCACAGCCGGGCGAAUCAAGAUCGAAGAUGCUGGGUUCGAUUGGAAGAUCCUUGGUCCUGUUCGAAACAUUUCGUCACAGCUUGAGCACGUCGCGUGGACAUGCGAUCAAGAUGCUUACGCUCACACUGGGCAGAAGUGCUCCGCUCAGAGCAUACUGUUCGCUCAUCACGACUGGGUGGAAGCCGGCAUCUUCCAGAAGAUGGGUCAGAUAGCCAGAGAGAGGUCCUUGGACAAUCUCACAAUCGGUCCCGUCCUCAGCCACACUACGGCUGACAUCCAAAGUCAUCAGGAGGAGCUCUUGAAGAUACCAGGCGCUAAGGUCCUGUUCGGAGGCAAGCCAUUGAUCGGGCACACUAUUCCCCAAUGUUAUGGGGCCUACGAGCCCACCGCCGUGUUCGUUCCUCUCGAGGAGCUAGUCAAGCCUGGACACUUUGAGGUAUGUACUAAGGAGAUCUUUGGACCUUUCCAAGUGUGCACUGAGUGGAAGAGUGAUCAGUUGAAGCUCGUCUUGGACGCUACUGAGAGGAUGAGUGCCCACCUCACAGCCGCGGUUGUUAGCGAUGAUCCACAAGUCAAGAACGCCAUACUCGGGGUCACUGUCAAUGGGACGACCUACGCUGGCGUCAGAGCUAGGACCACUGGAGCCCCUCAGAACCAUUGGUUUGGUCCAGCUGGCGAUCCGAGGGCUGCUGGGAUUGGCAGCCCUGAAGCGAUCAGAUUAGUGUGGAGCUGCCAUCGCGAAAUUAUUCAAGAUGACGGUGGCGUGCCGGAAGGGUGGGUGCGCCCGACACCGUCCUAGAUUGCACGAUGGAUCAAAAGACGGUAGUGGUCGAUCUGAUUGUUGAACAUGAUGGAGAGGUUUCUUUG